UCAAGUGUAAGGAGCAUGGUCUCCCUUUCAUCUACUCCAGUUUCUGAUAGUAAUGGCCACAAAGAAAUGAGGGAAAGAGGCAGGGAUGAUUCUUUGGUAACUAUUAGAGAUAGGAAGGUCCGAGUAUCUCAGAGUGCUUCUCUUUAUGCCCACUGCCGAUCGUGGCUGAGGAAUGGUUUUCCUGAAGAAAGUCAGCCAAUAAACAUGGAUGCAGCUAGGUCUCUUCCCCGACCUUUGCCAUUACCUGUCCAAGGUAAUGUUUCACCCGUGAAAAAGGACGAUCCUAAGGAAGAAGAGGAGGUAGAAGGAUCUGUGGACAAUUUAACUUCUGAGGAGCUGUUACAAACACAUAUCAAGCGUGCUAAGAGGGUGCGAUCACGAUUAAGAGAAGAAAGACUGCAACGAAUUGCGAGAUACAAAACCAGAUUGGCACUUCUCUUGCCUCUGAUGGUAGAGCAACAAAUGAGAAAUGAUUCAGCCUCUGGGAACUGAAGUGAGCUAUUUGGUCUGACAUCCUCCUAAUCAGAGUUGAGGUUUAGGCCAUUACUAAACAUUAAAAGGGAAUUUUGAUAUGGAGGUUUGUUGAAGCAUUAGAACGUCAAUAUGCUUCUUGAUAAUUUUCAUAUUGCUUUGCAGAGAUGAUAUACUAGACUUUCUACAGCCUUGGCCAUGAAACUGAGUGCUUUACUAGAACAUAGGCGGUAAAGGAUGGACAGCUGAUGAGUUACUUCUCUGCUGUUGUAAAAUUGAGGGUUUUUCGCUAAAAUAUCAGCUAAUUGGUGAUGUAACAUUGUAACAUUUACAUUCUUUUUCUCCUCAAAUAGUCAAAUGUGGUAUGGUGUCUCUCGG